AACAAAAAACAAAUCAAAUAAUGGGUUGUGCUAGUAGUACGCCAAUGAUACAAACAACCGGAAGUGAAAUGUUAAAAGCAGCCACACAUGUUGCCACAGAUGCAACAAAAACGGCUGAAGAUGCAGUAGAAGGCGUAAAGGAAACUGUGGGCAAAACUCUAGAAACCGCAAAAGAUUCAGUGGCUACAACAGUCGAAAGUGUUAAACAUGAAGUAGAGAAUGUGGUCAAAGAUAAAACAGAAAUGUUGGAGGAUGCUAAAAAUACACUAAUGGAAAAAUUGCAUUUAAAACAAACAGACAGCGAAGAAGACAACAAAAACGAACAGGCGGAAACGGAUGAAACGAUGAAAACUCAAUUAAAUGAAAGCAAUGGCAGUGAAAAUGAUGAUACAGCCACCACUAGUACAACAGCUGCAGCAGCAAAAGAUAUAAAAGAACAAAUUCUAACACGAACUGACACUGAAACGGAUAGUUUAAAAACUUCUACACCGGAACCGGAAAUCGAACAGGCAUUAGCUAAAAACCAUGAUAAUUCGGAAGGGGAUGAAGACGAUAAUCCACCCACACCUAAGCCUACAUUAUCGGAAUUGGAAAAUCUAACAGCAGAAGUUUUAAAACAGCAGCCACUUAACGAUACAGCUAUGAUGGUCAAUGACCUUAACAGGACAAAUAAUGAGCAUGUAAUGUCAGGCAUGCAUGAAAACAUUAAAACUUUGGAUAAUGACAGCAAUAACAUGACAAAGGCAGCAGAAGCAGCAGCAGCUGUAGGGUCAACUAACAACGAUAUUAAGUCCAAUAACAUGCAGUGAGUAGGCAGGUCCUUCUAAAUUAACUAAUGUGUCAUUUGUUUUCUAUUUAUUGGGUGUAAUUUUUUUUCUGUAUCCUUAAUUAAAUGUGAUGUGUGAUAUGUUGUGUGUAUUUAAACAGUUUUUCAAAGUUUUUUUAAACAAAAAAUUUAAAAUUAGUGAAAAAAAAAAAAAUGAAAUAGCAAACCUAAACAUGUCUAGGCAUGCAAUAGUUUGUUAAACAA